AAGAGAAGAAGAAGAAGGCAGGGUAUCAUUGGUUUGUUCCUUUGCAGUAAAGUGGGACCAAAACAAACACUAACAGCUUGGAUUUAGCCAAACAACAACACUAACAGAACCGAGCUGCUUUCCCCGAACAUCUGACAGAUUGGUCACCAUGACAACGAAGCGUGGACUGAUAACGGACUCAUUUAAGGUGGUGAAGAAAUCGCGGCGAGGGGCAAAGCAAAGAAAGAGUCCCACCCCUCCUCCAUCACAGCCAGCAGAAGAUGUUGCUCCAUCUGCCAGAGAGGAGGAUUUGCAGCAGCUCAAGCAGUUUGACCUGGACUGGAGAUUCGGCCCUUGCACAGGCAUCAGCAGGCUGCAGAGGUGGGAGAGAGCCAAGCUUCAUGGUCUGAACCCUGCUGAGGAAAUUAGAGAGCUGCUGCUGCAAACUCAGGCUGAUCAGGAGUACUGCCAGAGGUAGCGUACCCUACUGAAA